GAGUCCGUUUCUUCAUCCCCAGUAAGGGUUUUAAACAAUGAGAACAACUCUACUAGAAGAAUCCCAUCUAUACAAGAUAAUGGCAUAUCUAAGGUUUACUCAGGGAUAGGUAGCCCAAAAAGAUCUUCUGAUGGUGAACUGGAUGGCUCUAGUGAUCAAUCAGGCACAAGGGAUAAGGAUCCAACCUCUAAUGAUUGUCUUAAAUCUUCUGAAAUCUACAGAUCGGCCGAGUCUGGAGUUCUUGAUUCUUUGAAAGGGUCCCGUGAUUAUCAAGAUACAGAAAGAACUUGUUUAACUGGUGUUAAGGCCAUAGAUGGAAAGUAUUCCAAAAUUGUUAAACAAGAUGACAUCAUUUCUACUGAUCCUAGUAAAUCAAAAAUUUUGAUUGGUAAUGGAAAUAUACCUCAUCGACUGGAAAAAUAUCAUUUAGAACGGUCUGAUAAUAACCAUGCUUUCGAUGAAGACGAACGAUGUACAUCUGGUCAAAAAAAUUCUGUUAAGAGUUCUUUACACGCAAAAGAUAAACUGAAAAAUUUGAUCUUUGAUUCUGAUAAGGGCAAGCUUAAAGUAAUUGGUUCCAGUACUCAGCACAAGGAUUUCCACUCCAUGAGAACUUGCAACACUGGUCAUGCGGAUGCUGAUUUUCAGAACCUGGAUUCAUACAAAAAAGAUGAUUUGGAAAACCAUUCUAAGCAGCACAAAAAUCAUGACUUGAGGGAUGCUAUUGCAGGUGUAAGCCGAAGAAAACCUACACCACAGCAAAAUAUGGAGAAGGCAUCUUCUCAAGAGAGACAAAACCACUCAGGCCUUUUAACUUCAGAGGCAACUGAUCAAUUGACAGUGGGUUUUGGGAAAGGGGCGCAGUCAUCUAAUACAGCUAAAGAUGAAUUAGAAAAAAAGGUAUGGGGUCCCCAAACAGCUCCUGAAUAUAUUAAAGUGACCAAUUUAGAACAAUAUUCUGUUGAUGCGGUAAAUAGUGAGGUAUUAAAGUCAACCAAACCAUCAAGAAAGUUUGAUGAACAGAAUGGAACCCCUCCUAAUCUAUUGCGGCGAUCCACAACUAGUGUGCUGGGGUCAUCAAGUCCAACGAAGAAGGAUGGCCAUCCUAGUGUGAAUGCUUUCAUUAAAGAGGCUAGAGAUUUAAAGCAUACUGCUAAUCGCUUAAAGAGUUUAGGCUUGGAAGAUGAAAGUAGUGGCAUUUUUUUUGAGUCUGCCCUGAAAUUUCUACAUGCUGCUUCUCUUCUGGAGCCUGCCAAUGCAGAGAAUGCCAGACAAGGGGAGCUGCUUCCAUCCAAUCAAAUGAUGCAAAUGUAUUAUGAAACUGCCAAGUUUUGCGAAUUUUGUGCCCAUGAGUUUGAAAGAUUGAAAGAAAUGGUUGCUGCUUCUUUAGCAUACAAGUGUGCGGAAGUGGCAUUUUUGAAGGUUGCAUAUUACAAACAUCCCAGUGCUAGCAAAGAUCGGCUUGAGCUGCAAGUUGCACUUGAUGCACCAAUGCCUGGCGAGUCACCAUCAUCAUCUGCUUCUGAUGUUGAUAACUUAAAUAAUCAAGGAGGGCUUGAUAAGGUUGCUUCAGCCAGGGCAGUCAGCUCUCCCCAAAUUGCUGGCAAUCAUGCAAUAGCUUCCCGGAAUCGUCCCCAUGUUAUACGAUUGCUUACUUAUACAAAUUAUCUAAAUUGUGCUUUUGAAGCCACCAAGAAAUCACAGAAUGCAAUUGCAGCUGCUAGUGCAGACCUGGGAAAGAAUGGCAUUGAGGUGUGCUCAGCCAGUAAAGUUCUUGAUUUUAGUUUCCACAAUGUGGAAGGACUGUUGCGGCUUGUGCGACUAUCAAUGAAUUCCAUUGUUCAUUGACUGAAUAAGGUGUGUGGUACUUGUCAUUAGACAGCAUUGCUUGGUAUUCCUCUGCUAUGCACGGUUUUUUCUUGGUGAAUGUUAUCACUUGGUUCAUGGAUUCAAACUGGUACCAAGUUCCUUGCACAUGAAAGGGCUUUGAAGGAGAACUUGUGUGUACAGAUGAGUUGGUUGACAACUUUGUAAAGAAAUUUUUUGCGGUCUAGGAUAUUUCAGUCGUCGUGGUUCAUCUGCAGUAAAAUUGAGGUAGUUAUUAGGAGUUCGGAUUUAAUUGAUCUUUGCGCUCAGGGAUGAGCAAAAAUGUCUACUAACUUGGCUGGUUUUGCAUUCGGGCCUUCAAGAAAUUCAUUUGUCACUCUUGCAUUCAAGAAGAAGAUGUGCAAAAUGUCGUGUAUUUAAUGCAAAUUGUUUUGCCUUGCCUCACUUUAUCAAAGAGGACCUGUUGCAUGACCUGUAGAUACAAUCAUCAAUUGAUAGAGGCAAUUUGUGACUGCACAUGGUCGAUCUAUUGGCUCCUGCUUAAUUAGGAUCAUGCUGACCAUAUCGUGGAUUGGAAUAAAAAUUUCUUUUAAGAUCAUGGGGAGGCAAAUUUUAUCCAUCAAGAAGCUUGGUACUUGUAGAGGAGUUUGAAUAACAGCCGUAACUGCCGGUUGCCGUUGAACUACUACCCUCAAUGUCGGUCACCCGCCACUAUCUUUUUUAUCAAACCAAACAGUCCUUUAGUGGAUCCCUAAAAUAAUUUAGGUGAAAGUGAGAAGUACAUCCAUCAGUACUGCGUUAUUGUGAGCACAGUGCCAUUACAUAUAUAACAACUGCAAAGGAAAUGAAAUGUUGAGGAUAGAAGUUCGGCGGAUGUUAUCUUGUUUGAUGGGCGCUGUGUAAAUUAGCCAAUUUCACGAAAUUGUACAUAGAGAACAUGUCCCAUGUUGGAACUUUUAUUUGGUCCGGUGUAAGGAUGCAAAGGAACAUCCAGUCAUAGGCAAAAUCCCGCCUAUACCG